AUGCCUUUUAUCGAAGAUUGGAUAACGCAUCCGAUGACUAUCAUCAAUCGGUUGUAUGACAAAUCACCAAGUACAUUUGAAAAUGACGUGCGAAAUUAUUUUCAAUCACAUAUUGAUAAUCCUGCACUGUAUAAAGAAAUUCCAUCAUUAAAUGAUCAUCAUGAUGAAUCUCCAUUACCAUCUGGUUGUCUUGUGCGUUAUCGUGCCAUGGUACAAGAUAUGGCUGAUGAUGAGAUUUAUUGUACUCAUUACAAAGUUCGAUCGAAUGAUCAUCAUCGAACUGAAAUUGAAAAAUCGGCUAAAUUCAUGGAUUUAUUUGUAUGUCCUCCUGGAUACAGUAUUGUUGCACAAGAGCCACCCAGAGAAAAGUUUGGUUCACGUCAAUGUUUUACAUGCGUUCCUAUUCCAAAUGAAAGUCAAUGGGUUAAAGAUACUUACCAACUUUAUUUUGGUGAACAAAUGACGAUGCAAAAACGGCCCAUUCAUGAGCAAGAUAAUGUUCAACAAUUACUAUCGCCUCUCAAACGAUUGAAAGCUAGUGCACCUAUGGAAACAACUGAUGGUAAUUCUGAAGCAGUAACAAAAGUAGAACCGGUAAAAACAAUUGCAAAAUCGAGCUGCAUGGUUAAGGUGUACGAUACUGCUGAUGAUAUGAUACUGAAUACAAUGGUAGAAUUUAUUGGAAUUUAUUAUGAUCAUAGUGUCAUCAAAGCUGAUAGUCUUCAAGCACUUAAUGAAAUGGAUCCAGAUCAAGUGCCACAUGUAAAAACAAUUCAUUGUAUUCAAUAUAAAAAAUUAUCUCAUAAUAAUCCCAUACUAUAUAACUUACCAACUAUUGAAUCUAGUCAAAUUUUACUAGCUCGUCAAUACACUCUUUCAUUAUUCGAAUCUAUUUUUCCGAAUGAUAAACUUCUUUGUGAAUAUCUAUUAUUACAUAUAAUAUCACGUAUAUAUGUUCGACAACUAUCAGUGGCUUAUGGUAAAUUAUCAUUAAAUAUAUCUCAUAUAUCAACUGAACAACUCAGUGGACUGGAACAAUUACUUCAAACAAUUUUACCACUUCAUUCACGUUUAGCAAUAACAGUAGAUACAUUAAAUACAAUGCAAUUGAUGCCUAAUAAAGACGUCGCCAUCGACGAUAGUAAUGCAAGUCAAUUAAAACAAACGCCACUUCAAUUACCAUUCAAUUCACAUUUACUUAUUGAUGAAACAAAAAUGGAAUGUGGACAAUUAAUAACUCUUGGCCUUAAUAAUAUAAAGUUACUACAAGAUCUUCUUAAUCUACAAACACUUAAAUAUGAAUUUCAUGUUUAUCAGCUUGAUUAUGAAUGUGACGUACGUUGUUUGAUUGUUUCGUCAACGAAGUCAAUUUUACCCUGUGAUGUUCAUGUUCGUUAUCAAUCGGAACACGAAGUAAAGGAUAUUACAUUUCCAAAUAUAGAAAAGGAACAAAUUGAUAAUAUUCGUUGUUAUUUGACAUAUGUUGGACAACAGCUUGAAUUUGAUCAAGCAAUGAAUAAUAUUUCGUCAGAUAUUAAUACGCAUAUACAAGAGGAUUUUGUCAAUAUGCGUAAACAAAAAUUAUUAACAAAUCUUGAUAAUUUUCAUCAUUUACUUGUACUUGCUAGAUUAGAAACUUUAUCUUAUGGUGAAAAUGUUUUAACAGAGAAUCAUUGGAAUCAGGCUAAAAGUCUUGAAUUUACACGACGUCAACGUAUGAAUAUCUAG